GAGUCCCGCUCAGUCGAACAGGAGAGCUCGAGGUGUUAGCACCGUGCCAAUACUCACACUUCCCGAGUGACAACGUGAUUCUCAUCCCGUUUACGCUACAACAAAUUGACCCAUUACUCAAUCCGUUUCGUAAUUUGGCGUGAUAUCAAAGCGAUAUCGUUUGUGUUGACGUGUGUGUUUCAAAAUGUUGGACAAGACGAUUCUGGGAGGCAGUUGGGAGAGUGUGAUCUCGCGCGAUGAUUACGAGGUCGACUACAGUCAGAGCCCGAGGGGAUCGCCGUUGAAAGACACUUCCAACAUACAAGAGGAGCAACCAUACUUGAUCAGUCGCCACAACCCGAACAAGACCUUCCGCCGCGAAUCUGUGAUAGCAUCAUGGAGGAGCUUGAAGAAAGAGCGGGAGCAAGCUUUGGGCAAGCGGAUUAUUUAUGUCGAUGCUGACACGUAUGAAGAUUACUAUGGCCGCAACAAGGUCAAGCGUUGCAAAAGCGAAAGAACCGCAAACCUUCCUCGAAUCCCGAAGAAGGUGAAGCGAACAUAUUCAGUGCUCUAUCGCUAUGAUCCCAAUGAAGAGAAGGUUGUGAAAGAAUACAAAUACCAGGUACCGAAAGAAGAUGAAAUGCCCCGUCAGUAUGGAUUACAGAAAUCACAAUCUGAACCUUUUCUGAGGCCUGAGAGGACGCCAAAGAGGAAAGUGAAGAGGUCCAUUACGACAUUAUUAAACAUCAAGACAAAAUUCUUAAAUAUUUUCUCAUCUAAGAGUUAGACAUUAAGAUAUAUUUUAGAGGAUAAGUUGCUCAAUUUAAUGCAUUUUAGUGGGACGGAUGAUUGAAGAGGCGUAAAGUAAAAAUACAAUACCCGUUUUGAGAUUGGGUUAUAAAAAACUUUACUAACUCUGUUGUGAUAGCGUUGCUCAGGAUGCUUUAAAGAGAAACAAAUUUAUUGAAUGUACAUUGAAGUGCUUUUAAUAGUUAUGAAUUAACUAGUUAAUAGUGUUAUUUUUGUACCAACGGCCAUUUCUCACUUAAUUUGAGAUUAGUCAUGUCUAAGUAGAAAUAUUUUUGAGUAGGUAUACAACAUCAUUAUCAACGUUACAUAUUUUAUACCUUUAGUAUUUGUCACAUAUUGUAGGAUAUUGCAAUGUAGAGCAGAAAUAAUUUCUCAAUAUUGUAAUUUAGAGAAUUGGUCUGUACAGUACUUAAAUCGUGAUAUUUACUGUGUGUUGUGAUAUAUUAAUAAUAGGUUUCGAUUUAUAAACUAUUCAAGGGUUUAUAAAUUUUGAUAACCUAGCACUAGUUUAUAAGGAAUUUUACACUCAUUGUAUUAAACUGAUAAAAAAAUAGUUUUAUAUUAUUUCUUCAUAGUAGUGUAGAACUUUACAAUUUUAUUUGUAUAAAUUUUGUAAAGUUAUUUUACAAAGUAUUAAACAUUGCUUUUGUAAUUGUAUUUCAAUUAAUAUAGAUUACAAAGGAGAAUUUAAAGUAUUAAAUAAGUUGAUAUUCAUUAACUUAAGCUGUUUGUUGAACAAUGAGUGUAAGUAACUAUGUAAUUCUUUAUAUUUAUAAUUACUUAAAUGUAAAUGAACUUACAAAAUAAUUAUACAAUAUUUUAUAUUCAUUCCGUUUGUGUUAUUACUUAUUGUAUUAUAUAAACAAUAACCAUUUAAGUAAGUUUAAAAUCAUAAAAAAAAUAACAAAUUGAAUUUUAAUAUCAUAUCUGUCGCAGUGAAUAAUUAAUUAUCGGUAUCAUAUUUUAAGUUGAAGAACCAAUCUAUAGUAAUAAUAAUAAUUUGUAUCUUCAGUAAAUAGUACAUAUUAAGGAAAUAAAUAAAAUGUUUUAAAACUUU